AUGUCUGACAACGCGAGAAAGCCUUUGACUGAUCAGGCCCAAGAGAAGAUCACUCCCGACUCCCAGAAGUCAUACGCCGACAAGGCCAAGGAGGGUACCACCAACACUGCCGAUAGCGUUGCCGGAGCCGUGCAGCCUGGUGACAGCAAGUCUACCACUCAGAAGCUCUCCGACGAGACCUCAAGCAAGACUAGCUCUGCCCAAGACUCUCUGUCCGGAGCCACCAAGAACGUCCAGGAGACCGCAUCCAACAUCGGGCAGAGUGCUCAAGACAAUGCUGGUGCUGCACAAGAAUCCAGCAAGGACUAUCUGAACCAAGCUCAGGAUGCUGCCUCCAACACCGCUCAGAGCGCCCAAGAGACUGCUUCCCAGUACGGUCAGAAGGCCAGUGAGACCGCUGGUUCCGCACAAGAGACAGGCAAAGGCUACGUUGCACAAGCCCAAGAGAUGACUGCCAAUGCUCUUAACACCGCCAGCAAGGCCGCCGCAGACCUUGCUAGCAGCAUCUCCGGCGAGCAGAAGAAGUAG